UUCUAGUUUCUUUUACGGUUUGAUCAACGUAACGAUGCGUGGAUAUUUUCAAGUGACGUAACGGUGACUCAAGUCCUCAUGGGGUGUCCCAGCAGCACCGCCGUUUAUAAAAGCAGUGUCGACAUCACGUUCACAUGGUCCCGCAUUGAACGGCGCGGCGCGGCUCUCCAGUGGACAGGACAGCACAGCAGCAUCUCUCCAGCUUCUGACUACCAACAGAUCAGCCCGAGAAUAGCAUGGGGGGUGCAGUGGUGGACGACGGACCUACCGGUGUGAAGGCACCCGACGGCGGCUGGGGCUGGGCGGUGUUGGUCGGCUGCUUCGUCAUUACUGGGUUCUCCUACGCCUUCCCUAAAGCCGUCAGCGUCUUCUUCAAGGAGUUAAUAAAGGAGUUUGACGUGGGCUACAGUGACACCGCGUGGAUUUCCUCCAUUUUGCUUGCCAUGCUCUACGGCACAGGUCCUCUGUGCAGCGUGUUGGUGAACAGGUUCGGCUGUCGACCGGUCAUGAUGGUCGGUGGACUCUUUGCCUCAUUGGGAAUGAUUCUGGCUUCCUUUGCAACCAGCAUUCUACACAUCUACCUCUGCACCGGUGUAAUUACAGGUCUGGGCCUGGCAUUGAAUUUCCAGCCAUCCCUGAUCAUGCUAAAUCGCUACUUCAGUGAGAAGCGACCUUUGGCUAACGGGCUGGCAGCUGCAGGCAGCCCCGUGGCUCUGUGUUGUCUUUCUCCUCUGGGCCAAAUUCUUCAGUACCACUAUGGCUGGAGGGGUGGUUUUCUCAUACUGGGGGGAAUGCUGCUCAACUGCUGUGCCUGCGGUGCCCUUAUGAGGCCCCUCUUGCCACUAAAAAAGCAACCUGUCCAAUUUGAGGAUGGUCAUCUUUUAGAAGCAGAAGAGAAGAAGAUUCAGCCCAAGAAGAAGAAAUUACUGGACUUCAGCGUGUUUAAGGACAGAGGCUUUGUUAUUUAUACCGUGGCGGCCUCCAUUAUGGUGCUGGGCUUGUUUGUGCCGCCCGUGUUCGUGGUCAACUACGCCAAAGGACUGGGCUACGAGGACACCACUUCGGCACUGCUGCUCACAAUUCUGGGAUUUGUAGACAUGUUUGCUCGUCCUCUCUGCGGAAUCAUCGCGGGUAUGAAGUGGGUACGGCCGAGGUGCGUCUACCUGUUGAGUUUUGCCAUGCUCUUCAACGGAGUCACCGAUCUCAUCGGGUCACAGGCAGACACCUACGGAGGUCUGGUGGGCUUCUGUGUCUUCUUUGGCAUGUCAUAUGGCAUGGUGGGAGCCCUUCAGUUUGAGGUCCUUAUGGCUAUCGUGGGAACAGAAAAGUUCUCCAGUGCCAUUGGCCUGGUUCUGCUGAUGGAAGCCGUCGCUGUAUUAGUGGGGCCUCCUGGAGCAGGUCGCCUCUUGGAUGCCACCCACAAGUACAUGUACAUUUUCUUGUUGGCGGGCUGCGAGGUCACAUUGUCAGCCGCUGUGAUCGCUCUGGGUAACUUCCUGUGCAUCAAAAGAAAACAAGAAGCACCGGAGGCUACGCUGGAAAUGGCAGGGAAGGCGACAGAGGAGAGCCUCCACAAUGAGAGGGAAGGCCCGGAUCAGGAGCGAGAAGACCAAGGAAGAGGAAAAUACAGAAAUUUGAAUGCAGGGGGAGACAAUGUGCAGAUGGAUGGUAUAGAGCAGAAUACUGAAGCAUCAUUCUGAGGACAUAAUGCAAAAUACUGUAUCAGUAUCAAGAGCAAUUAGCAGCAACAUCAAUACAAUACUGUACGGCAAUUGUGAAUUUAAACACUCUGUUCAAUGUUUUUUUUCUCAAUUCUUUUGCUUGUAUGAUUGCUCUUGCCCACCUCCAUGAAUAUUUCAUGGGCACUACACCAAGGGCAUUUUUUCUCCUCAAAAGUAGUGCAGAGAAUUCUAGUCACACUUUUGCUCAUUUUGUGUCGCUAAAUAGCACUCAGCACUUAACAAACCAAAUAAAUGGUCAUGUACUGCAAGGUCUCUCGACCUUUAUGUCCAUUUUAUUGUUUUGUUUAAAUCACAUGUAUUUGAACAGCAUCAGUGGGUCACACUUAAGUCAACAUUCCCCAAGCUCUAUACUGCCUACACGACGAUUCGUGUUUCGUCAUUUCAUCUGUUUUUGUUUGAAAUACUUGAUGCUGCUCGAUAAAUUUGCCUUUAUUCUACUAUACGACUGGCUAACGGUUUAUUUUAUUUUUUUAAUGUUGCACAAAUGGAGUGAUGUCAUGUGUCAAGGUCAAUAGAUGCUAUAUUGUCUGCUUUCUAUUUAAAAAAUGGAAUUUAACAUCGCGCUUACAAUUAACUAUUUUGGCGAAGGCGUUGUGACAUGUUUCUUGCACUGUAUUCUAUUGAAAAAUAAAUGAUCUAGAUGUGUA